GAGAGAGAGAGGGGGAUAAAAAAGACGGGAGACCGGGGGGCAGCAGGCUCGAAGCGGCGGGCGACACCAAGCCAUGGAGGGCGAUGUGCGUGUCCGCGCAGUGGUGAUGACACGUGACGACUCUAGUGGCGGGUGGGUGCCCCUGGGAGGCGGUGGCCUCAGUCACGUGAUCAUCUGUAAGGGGCGGAGUCCAGAGGACAAGGGGCGGAGAGGCUACGUCAUCCGCGGAGAGAGGCUGCGCGAUCGAGCACCGGUGUUAGAGUGUGCCGUACAGAGGGGGCUGGUCUACAACAAGGUGAACCCCAUUUUCCACCACUGGCGUGUGGAAGACAGAAAGUUUGGCCUGACGUUUCAGAGUCCAGCGGACGCCAUCUCAUUCGAACGCGGUCUCCACAGCAUCAUCGACAGGCUAGACAGAGAAUCGGACUCCCCGUCAUCCUCCACCCCUGAGGAAGAUGAAGGCCAGACCUCUCACACAGACAGCGAGUCGUCCUCCAACAGCAGGAAGGAAAUGCUGCCAAAACCCGUCACCAUAGUGACCAGUGAGUCCUCCUCCACCUGCUUUGUGCGGUCAGCUGCAGAGGAUUAUGGGUAUGGAGCCGGCCACGCAGUCCCCACACAGAUCCCUGCCCAGAUCCACGCCCGGCCUGUGCACCAGCAGCCCUCGCAGACGACCGCCAUCGUGAACCCUCCUCCUCCCCCGGCCCCGCCCACCCCUCCUGCCGCGGCCCUGCCCCCCCUCUCUCUCUCUCCCCUCUCGCCCACCCUCUCACUGCUGGAGGAGGAGGACCUGCGGAGCCUGGACCCCUGCAAGGACCUGUGGGGUUCGCGGGGGUACGAGGACUACCGGAGAGCCGGGUCCACCAGGACCGCUAUUGGGGGGCUGGGGGGCGGGGUCAUUGUGGGGGGCGGAGACCCGCAGGACAAGACGGAGCUGUGCGUGGUGCGUUUCGAGAAGGAGCUGGCGGGCGUGGGGGUGACAGGAUGUGAGGUCACAGUCACGCUGGAGAGGAAGGGCGUGCAGCGGCACCCCUCAGCCACUCCCUCCUGCGGUGGGGUGGGGCCUAACGCUGCCCCCUCCUGCCCCCCCUCCGCGGGAGGGUCCCCCCAGGACCCGGGGAAAGGCUCGCCCUCCCCCUGCUGCAUCCACACCUCCCUCGCCACACCCCGAACCCGGACGCGCAAACGUGGCGGGGGCGCAGGAGGAGGAGCAGGGGGCGGGCCGAGUGACUGCGGCGGGCUGGGCCUGGCGGGCUCCGCCUCCGGGGGCGGGGCCAUCUCCCCGGACGAGGACAGCCCCCGCCCCCAGGGCUCGUCGCGCUGCGUGUACUGCCGCGCGGUCUUCAGCGCCUCGGAGAACGGGCGGGGCCGCUGCCGGGACGCGCCGGACCCCGCGCUGCGCUGCUUGCGGCGCUGGACCUGCGUGUGGUGCGCCGAGAGCCUGCUGUACCACUGCGCCUCGGACUCGGAGGGGGAGUUCUGGGAGCCCUGCUCCUGCGAGGAGGCCACGCCGCCCGGCGGCCGGCCCCACCCGCUGUGCUGCGCGCGCUGGACGGCUCUGCUGGCGCUGUCCCUGCUGGUGCCCUGCAUGUGCUGCUUCCUCCCGCUCAGCGCCUGCCUGCGCUGCGGCCAGCACUGCGGCUGCUGCGGGGGCCGGCACAAGGCCGUGCGCUGAGGGCCGGGGCCCCCGGGGGACAAGGGCGGGGCCAGACGAAGGUCCCCACAGAGGUACAGAGAGCACAGGCGUGAUCUGGUCACUCACAUACACUCACCCCUCCCUGCAGCAGGGACGUUACUCAGCUUUCCAUUUAACCGCCAUUAUUAUCAGUCACAUGACCCUUCUAUCACGCCAUUCAGCCAACCGUAUGCCUUUUUUUUUUUUAAACACACCCAAACUCUGCUCGGUACUCAAAAUGAAAAUUCAUUUCCUGUGAGUGGUGGCCGCUCUUUUUCCUUGAGCAGUUUCUGUGUGUAUGGUGUUCACUGGAUCCUGGUUCAGGGAUCACAGGUCAAAGGUUAAAGUCCAAAUUCAAGGUAAAUGGUGAGGAGGGACAAGGUUAGUGAGGGUUAAAACUGUUUUAAAAGUGUUUCAUUGAAAGAGAUUAAAAAAAAACACAAGUUUCUGCACUGGCAGACAGUGGGUAUUUAAUCGUCCUCCUGUUUAAAUCUGUGGUCCUUACUCCUGGUCCUGGAGAACCACAGGGUGAGCUGGUUUUUGUUAUUCAGCACUUAAUUGGUCAAUGAACGCAGUUAAUUACACAGUUAACUCACAUCACCUGGUUUCUUGGGUCUGAAAUGGUUGCUGCUAUUAAGCAAAAACAAAAACCAGCACACCCUGCGGCUAUCCAGGACCAGGAGUCAGGACCACUGGUCUACAGGAAACACUCCUUUUAGGGGGAAAAUGGUAAAAGAGGCAGUGGGGGAAGGGAGAGAGAAAGAGAGUGCAAACAUUGUGAGAAAUAGAAACCCAGGCCAAUCCCAGAGUGUGUUGUGAAUAAGAGAGACAGGAGAAGGAGUGAAGAGGCCUAAACAUGGCACAGCCCUGUGGGACCAGCAUCAGUUUAAAAACGUAGCCUGUCUGAGCUUCGUAGAGGAGGGGUAUGGGCUCAACACCAGGUGCCUUUACUGUGCCUAUACCCUACGUAAAUACGCAAACGCAGACGUUUCGAAUUACGCAAAGUGGAUUUCAACCCAAUGCCGCGUUCCAAUGUGUCACCUGAAAUUCGGAAAGCAAUGGGGGCGAUCCAGCUGUCCUGCAUCGCCCCCUUGAGGACUGGGGUGUAUUACCUCCACACGGACGUAAGAAUGCAGGUUCAUUUGCUUUGUGUACUUAUGUUUGGCAUGUUUUUGGCCUUACUGCAGAGAGGGUGCAGGGAGGUGAUAGGGUACAGUCUCAGAGUUUGGGAGAGGGCUCAGCGUCAGAGAGAUGACAGGGUAAAAACUCAGAGUUUGGGUAUGUUGGAGAGGUGACAGGGUAAAAACUCAAGAGUUUGGGUAUGUUGGAGAGGUGACAGGGUAAAAACUCAGAGUUUUGGAGAGGGUUCAUUGUGGUGUAGGAGAUAACAGGGUACAGCAGACUCAGAGUUCAGUGUUUAGUUUACCCCCCUCCCACCAGCCUCUAAAAUGUUUUCACUUAUGUAACUGCCAGGUAACUGCUUACCAAAAUAUGAAUGAAUAAAAACAUCCUACUCAAUUAGAUAGGACCAAUGGCCUUGCAGAUGCCCUCAAGCACAUUAUAAUGUAUUAAACAGAUGCCACCAAAAAAGGAAAAUAUUUAUUAACAGUUAUUUUUUUUAAACUGCUGAUUGGCAGGUUGAUGAAGGAGAGUUGAAAGAUGACCUGAGAGGGGGCAGAGUUUUAGAGAGACAGGGAGCCAGUGUGCUGGUGUUCCAUUGGACAGGGUGCUCCAGCCUGCACUGUGAGCCACACCCUUGGGUCUCCAGUCAUAGUCCUCCAAAAAACACAAAAUCUCUGCAACACAACACUGUUCCACAACACACCACUGUGCACAGGCUCUUAACUGAGAAUUUCAAGCAUUGGAUUUACAGUCCCACAUCAGUAUGAUUUCCACGUUCUAAAACAAAUAAAUGAAAUAAAUUAAACUUUAAUCGAAAUUAAACGGUUGUCGUUUCAGACAGAAUGGGGAUCUCGGUUCAAAAUACCUCGUGGCAGUUGUGUCCCUGCGAACGUGCUUUAAAAAUCUGCAUCUCAGUGCUGCUUCUUGUUUUAAAUCACCUCAAAAUCCUUUUUAUUCUUCUAAGCUGCAUAUUUCAGUAACCCAGCUGCCAAAAUGGCAGCCACUUACCCAAGAACAGGGAGAGAUGUCCGGAGGCUGCAUUAAUACAGUGUGGGGGUGUGUAACACCACCACUGGUAUUAGUAACUAUGUCUGUUCACUCUGUUACAGAGGGACACAGGGGGGACAUUGGGGGAAAGGGUUGCUGAGGGUCUGCUGGUUUGAGUCACUUUAUUUUGGGAUGUACCCGUGUCAGUGAGGAAGUCCCAAAUGUACCAGAGAGAGAUGGUUUUCUGAGAAAGUGUGCUGUUCUUAACCAAUCACGAGAGUGUGCAGUUCUAGUCCAAUCACGUGAGAGUGUACUGUUCUAGUCCAAUCACAAGAGAGAGUGCUAUUAUUAUCCAAUCAAAUCGCAUCUGUCCAUUUCAGUCUUCUCCCUCCACAUGCACUCAGAUCUACAGAAAUGCAUGCACUCCUUAAACAUACAGGUCGCGCACACAGACACACACACACACGCACAGACAGGAGUGACACAGACAGGAGCGUGAGGAAAGUGACAUUCCCCCGAAGGCCCCAAUCGUACAUCUUAAUAAAUGUGCCUUUUGAUUUCAUUUAUUAAAAACACAUUAUUUUUAUGUAGUAUGUACUUUAUGUACCAUUUUACUUAUCGGGAUUAUUUUUUUCUGCCAAUGUGUAUAUUUUACAAUGUAUGUAUUUAUUGGUUAAUUUAAAAAAGUAAUUACUGAAAUAUUACCUGUUGGUUUAUUUAUCCAGAUAUUUAUUGAGAUGAUUUAUUUAUUUUUGGAGACAGGUUUUUAAUUUCAGUGCUGUCUUACUUCUCUGACUUUGUGCCAACGUGCUGCUUUGAGGUGUUACAUAUCGUGGGUUUGUAUCAUUAAUUAAAACCUCACUCUAUAUUUUAAUGAAA